AGACAAUACGGUAGUUUGCCUGUCGGUAGGGCGCGCAUGCGCGUAGCCGCAGCAGCGACAUCUUGCCUUACCCUGUGUAUACAGGCGGCAUUGGUGGUGACCGACGUCUGUGUGUGCUGGAUACCGGGAUUGACAGGAUAAACUUGUCAAGUAGCAAAUGUAAACUUGCCUGUGCACACUUCUCCCAUAGACUUUACAUGUGAACUUUGCUGCUCCGCAAUGCCCGAACAAUUUUCCCAAUCUAACUUUUGUCUUUGACUAGCACCUCUACAUGAUGCCCCCCAAAAAAUCAGCUCGGGGAAAGAAGACAUCGGAGCCUCCCUCCCAGAGUACAGAACAAGAAGAGGAGUCUCCUGGGAAGAGGAAGCGGGAACCAGACUCUGGGGCUGACCAAGUACCCAAAAAAACCUCUAAGAAGAAAAAUGCUUCCGCGGUUGAUCCAAGGAGGAGCAAAGAGUCACCAGAUGACUCUAAAUCUACGAAACGUGAAGACAGAAGGACAAGCAUUGUGCAUUAUCUGUACAGGAGUACAGUAGGUGGAAAUGUGCGCGCCAAGUACCUGCAGACUCCGUUCCUGCGAUCUCUGGCCUCUUAUAUUCUCUACCGAACGAACAGUCCCUUUGACAGGAGAGUUACAACGCUUGAGUGGCAUCCAACUCAGCCAACUACAGUGGCCGUGGGGUCAAAAGGCGGGGACAUCAUUCUGUGGGACUAUGAGGAACUUAAUAACACUUUAAUCCCUGGUAUUGGAGCAGGAGGCUGUAUUACAGGAAUGAAGUUUGAUCCAUUCAAUCCCAAUCAGCUGUACACCUCCUCCGUAGCGGGUAGCACCAUCUUGCAGGACUUGUGCGGACGCACUGUACAGAUGUUUACAAACACAGAAGACUGGGCCAUGUGGUACUGCAGCCUGGACGUCUCCGCUAGCCAGCAGUGUGUAGUGACUGGGGAUAACGUGGGAAACGUGGUGCUCCUGGAGACGUGUGGAAAAGAGAUCUUUAAAUUGAGGCUGCACAAGAAGAAAGUGACACAUGUGGAAUUUAACCCUCGAUGUGACUGGCUCCUGGCCACAGCCUCUGUGGAUCAGACAGUCAAGCUCUGGGACUUGAGAAACAUCAAGGACAAGUCUAGUUGCCUGCAUACACUGACACAUGCUCGUGGCGUGAACUCUGCUUAUUUCAGUCCAUCGGAUGGAGCCAAACUUCUGACCACUGACCAGCACAGCGAAAUCCGAGUUUACUCAGCAUAUGAUUGGUCAGUGCCCCAGCGUAUCAUUCCACACCCACAUCGCCAGUUCCAGCACCUCACUGCCAUAAAGGCCGCGUGGCAUCCUCGUUAUGACUUAAUAGUUGCUGGACGUUACCCAGACCCUCAGUUCCCAGGGUAUACGGCAGAUGAGCUGCGUACCGUGGAUGUGUUUGAUGGGCAAAGUGGCAACAUAGUCUGUCAGCUCUAUGAUCCCUAUGCGUCUGGCAUUGUCUCGCUGAACAAGUUCAAUCCAAUGGGAGACCUUUUAGCAUCCGGAAUGGGUUUUAACAUCUUGAUCUGGAGUCGUGAGAUUCUGUUGAUGAUGAAGCAAGAGGAAAUGAUGAGGGCCCUGAGGGAAAAGGGGAUUCCGGUGGGGAGGAAAGAACAACCAAAAAGUCGACCUUCUCAAAAGGACAAGUCCGGCACAUCAGAAACUGGAAAAACUCUGACUGUUGUAAAGGAACCAACUAAUAAGCAACGUGGAAAGAGCAGAGACAAAUAAUCGCGACAGAAGGAUCCAGUCUGUGUUAUUACACUAAAACAUCUGCGGCUGCUGUAACCAAACUCCAGUUGUGCCUUAAUGCACUGGUUUCAAGAAGCAGAGUGCAUUUGGUUACAUUAAGGGGGCACUGUCUACCUUGUGUGUUCUCCCCCCAAAACAAGAAGUCCCUAUUAUUUCUUGCCUCAUCCCCCUCUCUCCGCAUGUAGGCAAGAUAUGGGUAAUGCCCACCUUGGGCAUCAUCUCUUGGUGUGAAAGCAUUCCACAGUGUGUUAGUGCUUAGCAAAAGAGAUAGCUAAGGCACGGCACAGCUAGAAGUAACACAACUGGUUUGUUUUAUAGGAAAUAGAGAUAGAAGUUCACAAUGAAAAUCAAGCCAUAAUAGCGGUUACUGUUAAGGUGGAAUUUCCAUUCCCCCCUUCUUGACCAUCAAUGGCAGCUGAUACAUUUUUGCAAAUCAAUGAAGAAUAACACUUUUUUUUAAAAAGUGUGGCUCACAUAAGCCCUAAACUGAGACCUUUUCCACCCUGCAGAAAUACAGAUUCAGUACGUAGUCUGGCGUUGCGAGUUACAGGAUCUGUAGCAAAAUAGUGAGAUGGAAUCUAGAACUUUUUGAAGGCUUCUUGACCUUUCAAAUUUAGACCUUUGGUAAAAAGAAAUAGGAUAAAUGAAACGGCUUAGAUUAUUUUAGUCAUUGGAAUAGCGUCUUCCUGUUUCUAUGAACCAAAUAGCAACUCCUGGACUAAAUGGCUUAAGCUUCCUUAGAGGGGAAAAAAACCUAAUUUCUUUCCAUACCCUAUUGGGAGGUAUAGAUUUUCAAAACUGGUGCUUUCCCCCGAAGGGGGUUGUGCACGUUCCUUUACCCUUUAUACUCACCACUGCUAUUGAUGAUGAUCAGGACAAGAUAGAGAACUGAUCAGUUAAGUGAUACAAUGAGCAGCAUCUGAUUAUGUGUGAUCGUCUUACAGCUAAUUGUGAGAUCGUUAUCCAAAACUGCAGCUAAUAUCUACUUUGCCCAUCAGGAUUUUCAUAGUGCAAAAACUUGGAUAAGUAUGCAGUAAGGUUUAGAAGUGAGACAGGCUUCAGUUGUGUCUGUGUGUAUAUAUGUAUGCUUCUUAAAAUCCUGCCUAAUUAAACAUGGCAUUUUUUAUUUUA